GUUUUAGAUGAAAAUCCUGAUGACUGCAAAGUUUUUACUCUGGUCAACUCUUGUGGCUGCAUCAGCAGCACAUUCGAAAGCAGAGGAUGCACGGGAUGUGCAACUAUUUUCUGCUUCCAUCGAGUGUCUUUCCUGUUACAAAACUACAGACGAAGUUAUGUGCGACUUCAACCUGGCAAACAACGGUGAAAGCGCAUAUUCGGUGCUAAAAUGGAAUACACCGCUGAACGACUUAGCCUUGGACGGUCUAACUGUCAGCCGAGACGGGGAAGAGCUGAGUCCACAAGGUAUCAGAAUGAAACGUGAAGAUCCAGCUGCGAGCGAUUUCUUGACCAUUGCUCCUGGAGAAACCGUCUCAUCAAAGUUCGAUCUUUCUUCUGAAUACAACACUACUAAGGCCGCAGAAUACACUGUUGCAGUAGACUUGUAUUUGGAGUAUGUCAAGGGAAGUGUUGGAAGUCCGGAAGAAAGUGAACUAUUUUAUCUUUCUUCUCCUGAUGUUAGUUUCCAAGUAGCUUAAAGAAAUUUCCGU